AUGCGCACCAAUGUGGCAAACCCGUCUUCUCCAGAACCUGCUUUGAGCGUUGAGGGUUACAAGGUGUUAGCUGGAGCUGUUGGAAGGAAGUCAAGACGAGCUGACUGGUGGGCGCGUACGGGAGCUGACCUUGUCGGUUUCCUUGAAAUGCACGAAGCUCUUCUCAGCUCCGAGGAUCUUGAGGAGACGGACAACAGAUUCGAGCAGACGUGGAACGUCAUUCGAUUGGAUGAAUCCAUCAAGAGGUUCCUCAAGGAAAGUUUCGACAAGGUUCAUCACGACUGUGAUGGUCGAGCUGCGGAGGCGGAUUCCGAGGUUCAGCGAUGGGUAGUGGCCUGCCGAGUUCCGCCAAAGGAAGGCUUCAUCGCGCCCCAAACGAAGGACCAGUUUGUAGACACGUGCCUCGCCGACAUCACGCUGGGCGUCAAUCCCGGCUGCUACUUUCGCCUCUACACGGCUUUGGUAAAGCUCGGCUUUCCCCCGUUUCAAGCGCGGGUUGAUGAAGUAAUCCAACGGAUGUGGGCUUUCAACCUUAAUUAUUACGGGUGGUGUUUCCGAAAGUUGCCACCUAGACGAAUCCAGAUCCUUAAGACGAGGCUUGUCGCCUCCUCCUGCGGGCCUGAGACGGUGGCUAAGGACUACUUUAAGAAGGUUGUAGCAGACGACCAGAGGAAUAGGAGAUUGGCAGCGGAAGCUCGAGAGAAUGCUGCGAGGAGAAAGAACGAGUGGGCUGGCUUCUACCGCUUCGUCAGGUUUGCGGCUGUUCUCGGGGCCGUGGUUGCUCGGGGUCCCUUCGAGCCGCAUACAACGCUGGCAAUGUUAGGGGGUGCACUGUCCGUGUAA